GAGAUGCUGCACCUGCAAGCCAUGGGCUCCCUCGCCUUCUUUCCAACCUGGAGGAUGCUCAGAGCCCCCAAGCCAUCCAUCCCAGAGCCUUUUCAGCUGCACAAUGGCUCUGCAAGGAGGAAAGCCCUCCAGUUUUGCUGAAAAAAGGAACCUUUUCCUAGGACUUGUUGCUUAUCUUGCAACUCCAAGAGGCAGAAUUUGAAGAUCUGGGGAAGGGAAGAGGCUGAUCCGGCCAUGCAAAGGAUUGCACCCUUUUGCAAGAUGCCCUUGGCUACCCAAAGGGGGCAGCUGGCUUGGUUUUUUCCCCUCUCUGCUACAGGAGAGGUAAGGUUGGGCAAGGGGUUUCUGCCCCCAGGAGCCCUCAUCAGAGGAAGUCAGAGGCUCCUUGGGUGAACCAAGGGGGCUGAGGUUGCCAAGAGGAGCCUUGGACCUGGAAAGAGAUGCCUUCCCCUGAGGAAGGGGUUUGCAAGCCCAGCCCUGGCCAUCCUGGAAGGCUGGAAAGGUCUGGAUCCGAAUGCUACACCAACCAGACCUUUGUCUUUGACGAUGGAAGCUCUAGAAGGCUCAAGUCCUCCCCAGGAGGUUACAGAGGAGGCAGCCACAAGAGUGGACUCAUCUUGGACAUCUCCUCCUUGACCAUGACCGAGGUGGACUCCGAAGUCCUCCCUCUGCCGCCUCGCUACCGGUUCCGGGACUUACUUUUGGGGGACCAGAGCUUCCAGAACGACGACAGGGUCCAAGUGGAGUUUUAUGUGAACGAAAACACAUUUAAGGAGCGCCUGAAGCUAUUCUUCAUCAAAAACCAAAGAUCAAGUCUGAGGAUACGUCUGUUCAACUUCUCCCUGAAGCUUCUUACCUGCCUUCUUUACAUCGUCCGUGUUCUCCUCGAUGACCCAGAACGGAUAGGAUGUUGGGAAUGUGAAAAACACAAUUAUUCAACCUUCAACCAGUCGUCUUCAGAAAUCAACUGGGAUCCCAUCAUAUGGGUAGACCGAAACAAACCAUUGUGGGCAAUACAAGUCAGUGUAGCCAUUAUUAGCUUCCUGGAGACGAUGCUCCUGAUCUAUCUCAGCUACAAGGGAAACAUUUGGGAGCAGAUUUUCCGUGUAUCCUUCAUCCUUGAAAUGAUCAACACUGUGCCCUUUAUUAUCACAAUCUUUUGGCCGUUUAUACGGAACCUGUUUAUUCCUGUUUUCUUGAAUUGCUGGCUGGCAAAGUAUGCCUUGGAAAACAUGAUUAACGAUUUGCACCGAGCGAUACAAAGAACCCAGUCUGCCAUGUUCAACCAGGUGCUCAUCUUGAUUUGCACUUUACUCUGUCUCCUUUUCACUGGAACCUGUGGCAUCCAGCACUUAGAAAGAGCCGGUGAAAACCUCACCCUCUUCAAAUCCUUCUAUUUCUGCAUUGUUACCUUCUCCACGGUGGGCUACGGCGAUGUGACACCCAAAAUCUGGCCCUCUCAGCUGUUGGUUGUGAUCAUGAUCUGCGUUGCCCUGGUUGUAUUACCUCUCCAGUUUGAGGAGCUUGUAUACUUGUGGAUGGAGCGCCAGAAAUCCGGGGGGAACUACAGCCGUCAUCGAGCACAAACGGAGAAACACGUGGUCCUUUGUGUCAGCUCCCUCAAAAUUGACCUGCUGAUGGACUUCCUCAACGAAUUUUACGCUCAUCCUAGACUGCAGGAUUACUAUGUGGUGAUCCUCUGUCCCACAGAGAUGGACAUCCAGGUCCGGCGGGUGCUACAGAUUCCCUUAUGGUCUCAGCGUGUGAUCUAUCUCCAGGGAUCGGCCUUGAAAGAUCAGGAUCUCUUGAGAGCCAAGAUGGACAAUGGAGAAGCCUGUUUCAUUCUCAGCAGCCGCAAUGAAGUGGACCGCACAGCUGCUGACCAUCAAACUAUCCUCCGGGCUUGGGCUGUGAAGGACUUUGCUCCAAACUGUCCCCUGUAUGUUCAGAUCUUGAAACCGGAGAACAAGUUCCACGUAAAAUUUGCUGAUCAUGUGGUCUGUGAAGAGGAAUGCAAGUACGCAAUGCUGGCUCUGAACUGCGUCUGCCCAGCCACCUCCACUCUCAUCACGCUCCUUGUUCACACAUCCAGAGGACAAGAAGGACAGGAAUCGCCGGAGCAGUGGCAAAGGAUGUACGGUCGCUGCUCGGGUAAUGAGGUCUACCACAUCCGGAUGGGCGACAGCAAGUUCUUCAUGGAGUAUGAAGGGAAGAGCUUCACCUACGCAUCCUUCCACGCCCACAAAAAGUACGGUGUCUGCUUGAUGGGUGUGAGAAGGGAGGAGAACAAGAGCAUCCUUCUCAACCCAGGACCGCGGCACAUCAUGACCGCCUCGGACACUUGCUUCUACAUCAACAUCACGAAGGAGGAGAACUCGGCCUUCAUCUUCAAGCAGGAGGAGAAGCAGAAGAAGAAAGGCUUUGCAGGGAGAGGGAUCUACGACGGGCCGUCAAGGUUGCCAGUCCAUAGCAUCAUCGCCAGCAUGGGCACAGUAGCCAUGGACUUGCAGAACACAGAGUGUCGCCCCAUGAACAACAGCAAACUCACCUUGCCGGCGGAGAACGGAUCCGGCAAAAGGAGACCCAGCAUCGCUCCAGUUCUGGAGGUGGCCGACAGUUCUUCCCUCUUACCAUGCGACAUGCUCAGCGACCAGUCGGAAGACGAGAUGACUCAGUCGGACGAAGAGGGCCUUCCCAUUAUAGAAUACGUCAAGGGCUAUCCACCCAAUUCUCCGUACAUUGGAAGUUCUCCCACACUGUGCCACCUUCUGCCUGUUAAGGCUCCUUUCUGUUGCUUACGUUUGGAUAAGGGCUGCAAACACAACAGCUAUGAAGAUGCCAAGGCCUACGGGUUUAAGAACAAACUGAUCAUUGUGUCGGCUGAGACGGCUGGGAACGGCUUGUAUAACUUCAUUGUCCCUCUCCGUGCCUACUAUCGGUCACGGAAGGAGUUAAACCCCAUCGUGCUGUUGCUGGACAACAAGCCUGAUCAUCACUUUCUGGAAGCCAUCUGCUGUUUCCCAAUGGUCUAUUACAUGGAAGGCACAAUUGACAACCUGGACAGUUUGCUGCAGUGUGGCAUCAUUUACGCCGACAAUUUGGUGGUGGUGGAUAAGGAGAGUACCAUGAGUGCCGAAGAGGACUACAUGGCGGAUGCCAAGACCAUCGUCAAUGUCCAAACCAUGUUCAGGCUUUUCCCAAGUCUAAGUAUCAUCACAGAGCUGACGCAUCCAUCCAACAUGAGGUUCAUGCAGUUCCGAGCAAAGGAUAGCUAUUCAUUGGCUCUUUCCAAGCUAGAGAAGAAAGAACGUGAAAAUGGCUCCAACUUGGCCUUCAUGUUCCGACUGCCAUUUGCCGCUGGCCGGGUUUUCAGCAUCAGCAUGUUGGAUACGUUGCUUUACCAGUCAUUUGUGAAGGACUACAUGAUCACCAUUACAAGAUUGCUGUUGGGCCUGGAUACCACCCCUGGCUCUGGCUACCUUUGUGCUAUGAAAAUCACAGAGGAUGACCUGUGGAUCCGGAGCUAUGGCCGUCUCUUCCAGAAACUGUGCUCUUCCAGCGCGGAGAUCCCCAUUGGCAUCUAUAGAACGGAGUCCCAUAUGUUUUCUACCACUGAUCCUCAUGACCUCAGAACACAGUCACAGAUCUCAAUCAACGUGGAAGAUUGCGAAGACACCAAAGAGCUGAAAGAGCAUUGGAACGCCAAAACAAACCAUCAACGAAACUCGUGCCCCACCGAACAAUCCGAGCACCCGUUGCUUCGGCGCAAGAGCAUGCAGUGGGCACGCCGGCUCAGUCGGAAAGGAGCCAACAAACACACGCCCAAAACAGCCGAGUGGAUUAACCAACAGAGGUUGAGCCUCUACCGGCGGUCGGAGCGGCAAGAGCUGUCGGAGCUGGUGAAGAACCGGAUGAAACAUCUGGGCUUGCCCACAACAGGGUACGAGGAUGUAGCAAAUUUAACAGCCUGUGAUGUGAUGAAUCGGGUAAACCUUGGAUAUUUGCAAGAUGAAAUGAAUGACCACCAGAAUACAUUAUCCUACGUUCUCAUCAAUCCCCCUCCGGACACACGGCUGGAACUCAACGACAUAGUGUACUUAAUACGGCCCGACCCCUUAGCUCAUGUGGAAAAUGAGAAUCACAGUCGAAAGAGCAGCUGCGGCAACAAACAGGACCCUUGUAGCCCCGAAACGAGAGAUGAGACACAACUCUGAGCACCUCUUUCCUUUUUGCAUGGAAUGCAGACACUUUCCCUUCUCAUUCAUGCAUGGAACUGAAACAGAAUGAACAACAAACUUUUGCGCUGAAGGGGAGGAGCAGUUUUCUACGCGGACAUACGGUGCCAUAGAUUAAAAAAAAACCAAAACAGCUGGUGAAGACAAACUAUUGUUUGGCCCCUUGAUGUCCUCUUAAACCUUGUGACUUUGAGACCAGUCGGGUUUCCAACUUGGCUUUGUCUCUCCUAGAACAGUCUCUGACGUCGGGUUCCAAGGAGUUGGGACGUAAAGGGACACCUGAUUCAUUCGAAGACUGGAUGAUUUGUACAAGCCUUGGUUUUAAAUUUUUUGUUUUCCAUUUUGGAGGGACGAGUGGGUGGGGAAGA